AAAACAUGAAGAUUCUUCUCUUCUUAGCCCUUGUUUGUAAGAUGACGGUCGACGCAAGAGAAGGAGACUGUGGGGUGAUCCCGAUAAGUAAAUGGGGAAAUUUGCCUCUCAAAAGAGAGGACCCUCUUCCGAAUCCAGUGAAAAUUGUAAUCAUUCAACACACUGUAGUACCGGAGUGUGUUAGUGAUGAGGAGUGCGAGAAAGCAGCCAACGGCAUUAGGAAUUACCAUAUUACCAACCGUGGAUUCACUGAUAUAGGACAAUCGUUCCUAAUUGGUGGGAACGGAAGAAUUUAUGAAGGAGCUGGCUGGCAUCGCGUUGGGGCUCACACUUUGGGCUACAAUCGAAGAUCGGUUGCAAUUUCUUUCAUUGGAGACUUUAGAACAAAAUUACCAUCAGCUCAAGCCUUGAAAGCUCUCAAUAGUCUACUGGAAUGUGGAGUAAUGAACAAAUAUUUAGCCAAGGACUAUAACCUGGUCGCUCACAGCCAGCUCUCUAUGACUGACAGUCCAGGAGAGAUGCUGAGAAAGCAAGUGGAAUCAUGGCCUCAUUGGCUAGAUAAUGCAAAGGAUGUACUUAAUUAGAUGAAGAUUUUAUAAGUUUGGUACUACCUCAUUCCCGUUUUCAUCCGCU